AUGGAUUUGAAGGACAGCCGGCACCGCUCCCUCACCGGGGGCCGCGGCGGCCCCGAAGACGGCCGGUACAACACCUCGUCCCCGGACACGGACGAGUGCCGCGUGCCGACCCAGAAGUCCUACAGCUCCAGCGAGACGCUCAAGGCCUUCGACCACGAGCAGCGGCUGCACUACGGCGGCCGCGUGACGGACCUGGUUCACCACGAGGCCGACGAGUACGCCAGGCAAGGGGGCAGCUUCACGUUGGCCGAGCUGGGCGUGUGCGAGCCGCCGCCGCCCCCGGCCGCCGCCCCCUACUGCCCCGACCUGGGCCUCCUCCAGAGGGGCUACUCCCUGAGCGCCGGCUCCGACGCCGACUCGGACCCCGAGGGGCCGCUGUCCCCGGAGCGAGCCAUCCAGCUGUGGGCGGGCCGGGGCCGGGUCAAGUCCCGGCGGAGCUCGGGGGUGUCCAGCCGCGAGAACUCCGCCCUCACCCUCACCGACUCCGACAAUGACAACAAGUCCGACGACGAGUCAGGUCGUCCACUCCCUCCGACCUCUUCCUCCUCCCUGCUCCCUCCGUCCCUCCCGUCCUCCUCCUCGUCCGCCCCCCACCACCACCCCUCCCUCGGCCCCCCGCCGCCGAUCAGGGAGUGCCAGGUGCCCCUGCUGGAGAAAAACUCCACCCGCUCUCACCUGGAGCCCCACCCGGAGGACUCGUACUUGCUCCGGGCCCAGACCUCCUCCACGGGGGUCGACAACCACCACAGUCAGUCCACGCUGCGGCCUCCGCUGCCCCCGCCGCACAACCACCACACCUUGUCCCACCAGUCGGCCAACAGCCUGAACAGAAACACCCUGAGAGGGGGGCGCAACCCCAUCCACGCCCCGCCCCCGGGCCCCGGAGACGGGCCCACCACCCCGGAGUCGGUCCAGCUGCAAGACAGCUGGGUGCUCAACAGUAACGUCCCACUGGAGACCAGGCACUUCCUGUUCAAGACGUCGUCGGGGACCACGCCCCUCUUCAGUAGCUCCUCCCCCGGGUACCCCCUGACCUCGGGCACCGUGUACUCCCCGCCCCCCCGCCUGCUGCCGAGGAACACCUUCUCCCGCUCGGCCUUCAAGCUCAAGAAGCCGUCCAAGUACUGCAGCUGGAAAUGUGCGGCGGUGACGGCCAUCGCGGCCGCCGCCCUGCUGGCCGUGCUGCUGUCCUACUUCAUCGCGAUCAACCUGCUGGGCCUGACGUGGCAGCUGAAGGCCUCCGACGGCCCGGUGUUAAACAACGGGCUCGGAGCCGGCUUGCCCGUCAACAGCGAUGUGGCCACGCUGCCCUCUGGUGGCAGAGGGCCGUGGGCGGGCCGCAACAGCAGCGUGGACACGGGCAACGUGGAGGUCGGGCGGCGGGCGACGCAGGAAGUGCCCCCGGGAGUGUUCUGGAGGUCCCUGCUGCACCUCGGACAGCCCCAGUUCCUCAAGUUCAACAUCUCGCUGGGCAAGGACGCCCUGUUCGGAGUGUACAUCCGCAAGGGCCUCCCCCCUUCGCACGCCCAGUACGACUACAUGGAGCGGCUGGACGGGAAGGAGAAGUGGAGCGUGGUGGAGUCGCCGCGCGAGAGGAGGAGCAUCCAGACCGUGGUGCUCAACGAGGCCGUGUUCGUCCAGUACCUGGACGCCGGCGCCUGGCACCUGGCCUUCUACAACGACGGCCGGGAGAGGGAGGCCGUCUCCUUCAGCACCAACGUCAUGGAUUCGGUGCAAGAGUGCCCGCGCAAUUGCCAUGGUAACGGAGAGUGCAAUUCCGGCGUGUGCCACUGCUUCCCAGGAUUCCACGGCAUGGACUGCUCCAAAGCGGCGUGCCCGGUGCUGUGCAGCGGCAACGGCCAGUACGACAAGGGCUCCUGCGUGUGCUACAGCGGCUGGAAGGGGCCCGAGUGCGACGUGCCCGUCACGCAGUGCAUCGACCCGCUGUGCGGCGGCCACGGCGCCUGCACCGACGGCAACUGCGUCUGCUCCGUCGGCUACAAAGGGCCCAGCUGUGCCAUGGUGGAUUGCCUGGAUCCGACAUGUUCCAACAACGGCAUCUGUGUGAACGGGGAGUGCCACUGCAAGCCGGGCUGGGGGGGCCUCCACUGCGAGCUGCCCCGGGCCCAGUGCCCAGACCAGUGCCACGGCCACGGGGCCUUCAUCCCCGACACCGGGCUGUGCGGCUGUGACCCCAACUGGAUGGGACCGGACUGCUCCAUGGAGGUGUGCCAGGUGGACUGCGGGACCCACGGGGUGUGCAUGGGCGGAGCCUGUCGCUGCGAGGAGGGCUGGACCGGCUCGGGCUGCGACCAGCGGGUGUGCAACCCGCUCUGCAUCAAACACGGCAGCUGCAAGGACGGCAAGUGCCAGUGUCACCAGGGCUGGAACGGGGAGCACUGCACCAUCGACGGCUGUCCUAACCUGUGCAACGGGAACGGCCAGUGCACCGCGGGGCAGCAGAGCUGGCACUGCGAGUGCCAGACGGGCUGGAGGGGCUCCGGCUGCAGCGUCGCCAUGGAGACCUCCUGCGCCGACAACAAGGACAACGAAGGAGAUGGACUCACGGACUGCAUGGACCCAGACUGCUGCAUCCAGAGUCCCUGUCAGAACAGCCCCCUGUGCCGGGGGUCCCGGGACCCUCUCCUGGUCAUCCAGCAGAGCCCCACGUUCCAGCCCCGCGUCCGCUCCUUCUACGACCGCGUCAAGAUGCUCGUGGGACGGGACAGCACCCACGUCCUGCCGGGGGAAAACCCGUUCAACUCCAGCUUGGCGUCCCUGAUCCGGGGUCAGGUGUUGACGACGGACGGGACGCCUCUGGUGGGGGUGAACGUGUCUUUCGUCAACUACCCGCACUACGGAUACACGCUGACGCGGCAGGACGGCAUGUUCGACCUGCUCGCGAACGGCGGCGCGUCGCUGACGCUGCGGUUCGAGCGCGCUCCCUUCCUGAGCCAGGAGCGCACCGUGUGGCUGCCGUGGCAACGCUUCUACGCCAUGGACACGCUGGUGCUGAAGACGGAGGAGAACACCAUCCCGGGCUGCGACCUGAGCGGCUUCGUCAGGCCCGACCCGCUUGUGAUCGCGUCCCCUCUGUCCUCCUUCUUCAGCUCCAAGCCGGGGGAGAAACCCAUCAUACCGGAGACACAGGUGCUCCACGAGCAGAUCGAGGUGCCGGGCUCCAGUCUGAAGCUGUGCUACCUGAGCUCCCGGACGCAGGGUUACCGCUCCCUGCUCAAGGUCACCAUGACCCCGGCCGUGGUGUCCAUGGGCCUGAUGAAGGUCCACCUGAUGGUGGCGGUGGAGGGACACCUCUUCCAGAAGUGGUUCCACGCCUCGCCCAACCUGGCCUACACCUACAUCUGGGACAAGACCGACGCCUACGCCCAGAGGGUCUACGGGCUGUCUGAGGCUGUGGUGUCCGUGGGCUACGAAUAUGAGUCCUGUGCCAGUCUCAUCCUCUGGGAGAAGAGGACCGCCACUCUGCAGGGCUACGAGCUGGACCCCACCGGCCUGGGCGGCUGGUCGCUCGACAAGCAUCACAUCCUGAACACACGCAGUGGCAUCCUUCACAAGGGGAGCGGCGAGAACAUCUUCGUGACGGAGCAGCCGCCGGUCAUCACCAGCGCCAUGGGCAACGGGCGGCGCCGCAGCAUCUCCUGCCCGAGCUGCAACGGCCUGGCCGACGGCAACAAGCUGCUGGCGCCGGUCGCCUUGGCGAUGGGCAUCGACGGCAGCCUCUACGUCGGGGACCUCAACUUUGUGCGCCGGGUUUACCCGUCGAUGAACACAACUGGCAUCCUGGAAUUAAGGAAUAAAGAUUUCAGACACAGUAACAACCCGACGCACAAGUACUUCCUGGCAGUGGAUCCGGUGUCGGGGGCGUUGUUCAUCUCCGACACCAACUCGCGCAGAAUCUACCGCGUUCACUCGCUCACGGGCGGCCGCCAGCUGCCCGACAACGCCGAGGUGGUGGCCGGCACCGGGGAGCAGUGCCUGCCCUUCGACGAGCGCUGCGGCGACGGCGGCAAAGCCACCGACGCCACUCUGAUGAGCCCCAAAGGCAUCGCGGUGGAUAAGAACGGCCUGAUGUACUUCGUGGACGCCACCAUGAUCCGCAAAGUGGACCAGAACGGCGUCAUCUCCACGCUGCUCGGCGCCAACGACCUGACGGCCGUGCGCCCGCUGAGCUGCGACUCCAGCAUGGACGUCAGCCAGGUGCGUCUUGAGUGGCCCACGGACCUCGCGGUGAACCCCAUGGACAACUCCCUCUACGUCCUGGAGAACAACGUCAUCCUUCGCAUCACUGAGAACCACCAGGUGAGCAUCAUCGCCGGUCGGCCCAUGCAUUGCCAGGUGCCGGGGAUCGACUACAGCCUGAGCAAGCUGGCCAUACACGCGGCCCUGGAGAGCGCCACGGCCAUCGCCCUGUCGUACACCGGCGUCCUGUACAUCGCCGAGACGGACGAGAAGAAGAUCAACCGAGUCCGACAGGUGAGCACCAACGGCGAGAUCUCUCUCCUGGCCGGCGUCGCCUCCGACUGCGACUGCAAGAACGACGUCAACUGCAACUGUUUCUUCGGCGACGACGGCUACGCCCCCGACGGCGGCCUGAACUCGCCCACCUCGCUGGCCGCGUCGCCCGACGGGACGCUCUUCAUCGCCGACCUCAACAACAUACGCAUCCGGGCCGUGCGCGCCAACCGGCCGGGCCCCGCCGUCUCCAACUCCGGCUACGGGGGAGGCGCGGCGCGCUACGAGGUGGCGUCGCCGAGGGAGCAGGAGCUGUACGUCUUCGACGGCGAGGGGCUCCACAUCCAGACCGUCAGCCUGGUGACCGGCGAGCCGCUCUACAACUUCACCUACGGCGCCGACGGGGAGCUCGCCACGCUGGUGGACAACUCCAACAACACGGUGAAGGUGAGGCGCGAGGGCCAGGGAGGAGGGGCCGGCCUGCUGCGCCUGGUGCUGCUGCCCGAGAACCAAGUGGUGACCCUGGGACUGGACCCCACCGGAGGGCUGCGGAGCGUGGCGGCCCUGGGCCAGGAGGUGGCGCUGAUGGGCUACAGCGGCAACACGGGCCUCCUCGCCACCAAGGCGGACGAGACCGGCUGGACCAUGUUUUACCAGUACGACAGCGAGGGCCGGCUGUCCAACGUCACGUACCCCACGGGCGCCGUGACCAGCCUGCACCGCGAGAUCGAGCGCUCCAUCAACAUCGACAUCGAGAGCUCCAGCCGAGACGACGACGUCACCGUCAUCACCAACCUGUCGUCCGUGGAGGCCUCGUACACCGUGGUGCAAGACCAGGUGAGGAACAGCUACCAGCUGUGCCACAACGGGACCCUGAGGGUGCUGUACGCCAACGGCAUGGGCAUCAGCUUCCACACGGAGCCCCACAUCCUGGCCGGCUCCGUCAGCCCCACCAUCGGCCGCAGGAACAUCACGCUGCCCACGGACAACGGCCUCAACUCCAUCGAGUGGCGUCUGCGCAAGGAGCAGACCAAGGGCAAGGUCACCGUGUUCGGGAGGAAGCUCCGAGCUCACGGCCGCAAUCUCCUGUCCAUCGAUUUCGACCGCAACACGCGGACGGAGAAGAUCUACGACGACCACCGCAAGUUCACGCUGCGCAUCAUGUACGACGCCCAGGGCCGGCCGUCCAUGUGGCUGCCCAGCAGCAGCCUGGCGGUGGUCAACGUGUCGUACUCGGCCACCGGGCAGCUGGUCGGGCUGCAGAGGGGGAGCAUGAGCGAGAGGACCGAGUUCGACCCGCAGGGACGCAUCCUGACUCGCUCCUUCGUGGACGGGAAGGUGUGGAGCUACAGCUACCUGGACAAGUCCAUGGUGCUGCUGCUGCAGAGCCAGAGGCAGUACAUCUUCGAGUUCGACGCCUCGGGUCGGGUCACGGCCGUCACCAUGCCCAGCGUGGCGCGGCACACCAUGUUCACGCACGUGUCCGUCGGCUACAUCCGCAACACCUACAACCCGCCGGAGAGCAACGCGUCCGUCAUCCACGACUUCGCCGAGGACGGCCGGCCCCACGCCACGCACUACCUGGGCACGGGCCGCCGCGUCCUCUACAAGUACGGCAAGCUGGCCAAGCUGUCGGAGAUCGUGUACGACGGCACCGCCGUCACCUUCGGCUACGACGAGACGGCCGGCGUGCUGAAGAUGGUCAACCUGCAGAGCGGCGGCUUCUCGUGCACCAUCCGCUACCGCAAGAUGGGCCCGCUCAUCGACAAGCAGAUCUACCGCUUCAGCGAGGAGGGGAUGGUCAACGCGCGGUUCGACUACACCUACCACGACAACAGCUUCCGGAUCGCCAGCAUGAAGCCGGUCAUCAGCGAGACGCCGCUGCCCGUCGACCUCUACCGAUACGACGAGAUCUCCGGGAAGGUGGAGCACUUUGGAAAGUUCGGGGUCAUUUACUACGACAUCAAUCAGAUCAUCACCACCGCCGUGAUGACGCUGAGCAAGCAUUUCGACACGCACGGGCGCAUCAAGGAGGUCCAGUACGAGAUCUUCCGCUCGCUGAUGUACUGGAUGACGGUGCAGUACGACAGCAUGGGCCGGGUGGUGAAGAGGGAGCUCAAAAUCGGGCCCUACGCCAACACCACCCAGUACCGCUACGACUACGACGGAGACGGACAGCUGAGCGGCGUCAAGGUGAAUGACUGGUCCACGUGGCGCUACAGCUACGACCUGAACGGUAACCUCCACCUGCUCAACCCGGGGAACAGCGCCCGCAUCCUGCCGCUGCGCUACGACCUCAGGGACCGCAUCACGCGUCUGGGCGACGUCCAGUACCGGCUGGACGAAGACGGCUACCUCAGCCAGCGCGGCUCCGACGUCUUCGACUACAACUCCAAAGGUCAGCUGCUGAGGGCCUACAACCGAGGGCCCGGCGGCUGGAGCGUCGUGUACCACUACGACGGGCUGGGCCGCCGCGUGUCCACGAGGAACAGCGUGGGCCAGCACCUCCAGUUCUUCUACGCCGACCUCAACCACCCGACCCGGGUCACGCACAUCUUCAACCACUCCAGCUCCGAGAUCUCGUCGCUCUACUACGACCUGCAGGGGCAUUUGUUCGCCAUGGAGGUGAGCAGCGGAGAGGAAUACUACAUCGCUUCUGACAACACGGGCACGCCGCUGGCCGUCUUCAGCAGCAACGGACAAAUGAUCAAACAGGUGCAGUACACAGCCUACGGAGAGGUGUACCUGGACUCUAACCCGGAGUUCCAGCUGGUGGUGGGCUUCCACGGCGGCCUCUACGACCCCCUGACCAAGCUGGUCCACUUCACGCAGCGGGACUACGACGUGCUGGCCGGACGCUGGACGUCGCCCGACUACAGCAUGUGGCCCAAGAUCGGGAAGGACCCGGCUCCCUUCAACCUGUACAUGUUCAAGAACAACAACCCCCUGAGCGACAUGCUGGACGUCAAGAACUACGUCACAGAUGUGAAGAGCUGGCUGGUGAUGUUCGGCUUCCAGCUCAGCAACAUCAUCCCCGGCUUCCCCCGACACUCGCUCUACUUCGUGGAGCCGCCCUACGAGCUGCAGGCCACGCAGCACUGCGAGAACGGACAGCUCAUCACCGGCGUGCAGCAGGCGGCAGAGCGUCACAACCAGGCCUUCAUGGCCCUGGAGGGCCGCCGCCUCACCAAGGAGCGGCGGCGGCGCAAGGACAAGCCCGGCCACUGGUUCGGCACCAGCACCCCCAUCAUCGGCCGCGGCGUGAUGCUGGCCCUGAAGGAGGGCCGCGUGGUCGCCGGCGUCUCGCCGUCGGCCAGCGACGACAGCCGCAAAGUGGCGCUGGUGCUCAACGGCGCCCAGUACCUGGACGGCAUCCACUACACCCAGGAGGGGAAGGACUGCCACUACUUCGUGAAGGUGGGCUCCAUCGACGGCGACCUGCUGGCCCUGGGGCUCACCAACGGGCGCAAGUCGCUGGAGAGCGGCGUCAACGUGACGGUGAGCGGCCGCUCGAGGCGGGGCGUGACGGUGGAGUUCGCCGGGCCGGCGCUGGUGCUGAGCGUGCGGUACGGAGCGGCGGCCGACGUGGCGGACGAGGAGAAGGUGAGACUGUUGGAGCUGGCCCGGCAGAGGGCGCUGGCCGGGGCCUGGGCCAAGGAGCAGCAGAGGGCCCGGGAUGGGAAGGGAGGCAGCCGCCUGUGGACGGAGGGGGAGAGGCAGCAGCUGCUCACGACGGGCCGGGUGCAGGGCUACGACGGGUACUACGUGCUUCCUGUGGAGCAGUACCCAGAACUGGCGGACAGCAGCAACAACAUCCAGUUCCUCAGACAGAACGAGAUGGGCAGGAGGUAACAGCCCACCUGGGACUGUUUCUGAAUGGCGGACCCUUCCCCCCCCCCUCUCUCUCCCUCACGUUCACUUCUCGAGAGACCCUGCUCCUUUUUCUUUUCUUCUUCCUGAACCCUAAACGGCCUCCUCGACCCGGCAACAAACAAAAAACACGGAGAGAAUGAACCGACACAAACGGGGUUACCCGCGGAACGCUGCAGGGACUUUUUGGAAAAAGAAUGACUCGUCCGAGGAGAAAUAAACAGAUCAUUUGUUUGUUUUACUGCCGCGCGGGCGACAACAACGACAACACGUUACAGUUUAGUCCUUUUUUGGGUUUUCUUCUUCUCUUGAAAAAAACUUUGAACAACUUUAAAAAAGCACCGAAGGGACUUUGAGAACUGUUGCUUAUGACGAAUAAGAGAAGAUUCCCCUUUUUAAAAAAGAUCGUGAUAUUUUUCGCCCAUAUUUCUUGGGUCACACUGAAGAGUGGGCGUGGCGCGGCGGGCGGGUCGCGACCUGUCUCUCUCUCUCUCUCUCUCUCUCUCUCUCUCUCUCUCUCUCACCGACAGACACCGAAGGCACAGGGACCAAAAGCGGAGGCGGAGCCUCUCCGGAGCGCACGACACAAACCAACGGAGGACAUCAUAAACAGCGACACACGCGCCGCGAUGUCAAAGGUCAAAGGUCGUCCAAUACUAUGAGUCGUCUCCAUGUCUCAGGCCUCCCAUCGUCUCCCUCACGGACCAGUCCUCCAACCAGGCAACACACACACACACACACACACACACGAGCUAACAGCGUCCUCCAAGCUGUUUGGCGAGACUGGAGAAUAAAACUUUUUCAAAAAAACAAAGUGAACAACACAACAAAAAAAAGAAGUGAUGGCUAUAUUUGUGGACAAGUGGUAUCACAUAGCAUUGUUUAUUUUGAAGCGGCGGCGGAGAAAAUCAUAUUCCUACAUGUGUGUGUGUGUGUGUCCGAUUACACUAAAAUUUCAGGAUGUCGCGUAUAUCGUAGAUGCCGUAGUUUUGUACGUUUCAGUCGCGGUAGAAUUGUGAGACUUUCACCGAGGCACUUCUGUACAGAACGAUCAAACACGCCGGAGAACAUGCUACGUUAGUUAUUUAUUUUAUUUUAUUUAUUUAUUCUUAGUACUAUAUGACAAUCAUGAAUGAGUCACCAGUUCUAUUCCAAAUGAACAAUUAAUGGACUGAGUUUUAUUUUAUUUUUUGUAAAAAUAUGUAAGAGUUCUUUUUGUUUUGUUUUUUGUAUUAAUUUCAUUUUAUUGCUGCCAGGGCAAAUAAAUAGUCACUCUCUCAAAAAGAAAAAUAAUUUAUGUAAUAAAGUGUUUAAAAAAAUAAAAUAAUAAUAAUAAAACGGUUUAUACUUUAAAUAAAGUCUUUAAAACUGUGAAAUCUGUUUUUUCGAGCUAUAUUUCGAUGUACAGUGUAUAGAUUUACCUUUAUGCAGCACAGUAGAAUAUUGUCCAGAAUAUCGAGUUUUAUAUUUAUAAGAGGAAGUGGCUUGUAAUGUGCAAAAAUCUUUAGCUGGAAUUACUACUCUAGAGUUUUGUGGCACUCUAAUAUUCCAUAUCUACAAAUAUCAAUCCCCAGUUUGUUGUUUUUUGACUGUUUUUUGGUUUUGGAAGCAGAGAUGAUUUCUGUCCUAGAUCCCAACAGCGGUAGCAGUAAUGGAUCCCUCUCACUGUGAAGAGACUCGUGCUGGAUGUCAUAAUGUACCAAAUCAGUAUUAUCGAAAAGGGAUGACUCUUAUACAUUCACUGAAACGAGACUCUUCUGAGAACCUUAUCAAUAAAAUAUAAUUGUUUACUUCAA